AUGAUGCAAAGAUCACCACCCAAACAACACUCCUCAAAUCCGGACCUAAGCACUACAAACGAAACACUAUCUAAUGUCUCAAUACGGAAAAGAAAGCAGCCAGACAAUGAAAUUUUAGAAGAAAUAAAAAACAUGCAGACGAGCUUCACACAAGCUCUACGAGACCUCCGACGGGAUCUGGAUGCUAAAUUUGAAAAUAUUGCAGACAGUAUUCAAACAGUGAGAAGUGACCUUGAAAAUUACCAGUCACAAAUUAAAAAGGACAUUGAUGAUCUUCGCUGUGAAAAUAAUACUAUGAAAAUUAAAGUCGAAAAUCUUACUAAAGAAGUGUCAGACCUACAAGAAUCUACGCAGUUUAUCUCUAAUCAGCAGGAUGAAUUCGGAAAAUAUGUUGGGAAGAUCUCGGAGUACACAAAGUCAGUGGACGAGCACGAACAAACCAUCAUAACUCUCACAUCUAAGAUAGACAACCUGGAGCAGCAGGCUAGACAAUGCAAUAUCGAAAUUUCCAAUUUACCAGAAAAAAGAGAUGAAAAUCUCUUGAGUUUAAUUGAAUCCAUUGGCACCCAAAUAGGAUGUGUCAUCAAUCGCCGUGACGUUGUCUCCAUACAUCGUGUUCCUCAUGCUUCACAAAAUAAUAAACCAAAGAAUGUUAUAGCGAAGCUAACUUCUCGUAUUCUGCGUGAUAACGUCCUUGGCAGUUAUCGUAUCAAGAAGGGAUUAUUGUCAACUGAUCUUGGAUUUUCGGGUGCUCCACAUAAUAUCUAUCUCAAUGAGCACCUUACUCUACGAAAUAAAAAGCUUUUUCGAAGUGCACGUGAAGCGGCUAACCAAAACAAUUUUAAAUUUGUGUGGGUUAAGCACUCCACAAUACUUGUGCGCGCUUCCGAAAACUCCCCCGUCAUCGCCAUACGCACUGAACAGGAUAUUAAAAAGAUUCAGAAUGCGGGAACAACAACUACUACUUAUAAGCCUAGGAACAGUUUGUCUUCAAAUUAA